AUGGACGAGGCGCCCCUGCUGGGCGGGAUGUCCAGUCCCGAAGAGGAGAUGGGGCCGGACCUGUUCGGCGCAGAGGGUCGGUUUGUUUCAGAAAACACAGGCCUGAAGGCGCCGGCGGUGGUGAAGGCGGAGGAGGAGGAGUUCCACGUGUUUAAGGACCCCUACCUGAGCCCCGCGGGCCCCAAGGAGCCCCUGCUGCACGCCUUCAACCCGCCGCUGGGCGCGGACUUCGGCAGCAAGGUCAAGGUGGAGCUGCUGGUGGAUGACCACGAGGAGGAGAUCCUGGGCCAGUUCCCGAGUCUCGCCGAGCUCGACCCCCUGGAGGACGCGGUGCUCCCCGCGGCCCCGCCGCCCCCGCCGACUUACAACGUGCACCUGCUGUCCUCCCUGCUGACCCCGCACCGGAGUCCGGCCCUCGUGCCCCUGGGCGCCUGGGCCCUGGACGGAGCCGCCCACGCCGGCGUCCGGGUGAUCCCAGUGGAAUUGAAGGAAGGAGGUGGCGCUGUGCCGAGUGAGAGCGUGGAGGAGGCCGCUCUGCAGAACCCUCUGUCCCAGGAGCCCUGCAAGUUCCCGUGCUCACAGGACGCCGAGGACGCCCCGGGCGGCUCUCAGAAGGACGCGAACACCAUGGUGCUAUGUCAGUUGAAAGGCGGGACACCAAUGCUGCGCAUAGACAAUCCGAGCGCGAGAGAACUAAAAGCACUCCAUUUGGUUCCUCAGUAUCAAGACCAAAACAAUGCUCUACAGUCAGAUGUCCCUAAACCAGUGACUACUUUAGUAGGAAGAUUUUUGCCAGUGCCAGCAAAAUUAAAUCUCAUUACACAACAACUGGACCACGGAGCCCAGCCGGCCCCGGCCUCGGGGUCUGCUCUGCCCUCGGGACCGGCCCUCCCCGCACCGCCCCGGAUAACGCUGGCUGGGUACUGCGACUGCUUUGCCAGCGGGGACUUCUGCAACAACUGCAGCUGUGAUGCCUGCUGCAGCCACUUACGCCACGGACUCGAGCGCUUCAAGGCCAUUAAGGCCAAAAUCAUGUGCUCCUCUAUCUGCAAAUGCAUUGGCUGCAAACAUUAUGAAGAAAGCCCCGAACAAAAAACGCUCAUGGCCGUGCCAAACUACGCAGAAGCUGGCAGUUUUGAAGGCAGCCAUUACGUGUCAGGACUCCCCAAAUUCAGGAAGGAGAGGCGGUCCUCGUGCAUCUCCUGGGAGGUGGUGGAAGCCGCGUGCGCCUGUCUGCUGGCUCAGGGCGAGGAGGCGGAGAAGGGGCGCUGCUCGGAGUGCCUGGCCCAGCAGAUGGUCCUGGAGGAGUUCGGGAGGUGCCUGUCCCAGAUUCUCCACAUCGAGUUUAAGUCCAAAGGGUUGAAGAUGGAGUAGAGGAGAAGGCGGGGAGGAGAGAGGAGCCGCGGGUCUGCGCUCGGGGUUCCGGGGACCCACGGAGGAGAGGCUGCUUUAAGGAACACGAGGCCGGUCUGUGUCCACAGCUGCACCAUCAAGGUGGGCGCUCCCUCUGCUCCAGGGGACACAGGAGGCUGAGUCUGGGAGGGUUUGCCAUCCACAGCCCCUGUUUGAGGAGGGGCGUGACUGACGACAUGGCAGGGCCAGGAGGGAGCGUGGGUUCCCGUGAGCCUGGGGACCUCUGCACCCACACCCAGUGCUGGUGGGUGGACACGGGGCGGGAGAGGGAAGAGUCACCCUAUUGACCUCAUCCCCUCGGGGAGUCUCCUCUGGAGGCUUCUCUGCA